ACAUGUUGUGUGUUUCAGAUGGUCAUUUAUUUGAUAAGGAAGCUAUCCUGGAAUACAUCAUCUCAAAGAAAAAUGAAAUUAGGCGUCAAAUUAAGGAAUAUGAAAAGCAGUGCAAGAAGGAACAGAGGGAAUUGGAAGAACUUGGGGAAGCUGAGAAUCGGUCCCGUGUUGAGAAAUUCCUGAAGACAGAAACAGCUGUUUCAUCAGCUUCACAGGCUGCUCAAGGUCCAAGUUCAAGUAGCAGAAGCAGUGGAUCUUCAGUGUCCAACAUGGUUGCUGGGCGAGAUAAGAAGCUACCGAGUUUCUGGAUUCCUUCACUCACGCCAGGAAAUAAGGAAUCUAAACUUCAGAAACCUGAAAAUAUUAUUUAUUGUCCUCUCAGUGGGAGGCCCUUGAAAGCUAAGGACCUCAUUGACGUAAAAUUCACCUUGGCUGUGGAUCCUGGCGACAAGGGUUCACUGGAUGGCAAGAGUGAGAGAUAUAAAUGCCCAGUUACAGGAGACAUCUUAAGAAACAACGUUCCGUGUGUAGUGCUCAAACCAACAGGUGAUGUGGUAACGAAGGAAUGUGCAGAAACUUUGAUCAAGAAGGAUAUGAUUCAUCCUCUUACUGGAGGCAAAUUGACUGAAAAGGACAUUAUCCCAAUGCAGAGGGGAGGUACUGGUUUUGCAACUGCAAAUGAUCAGCUGAUGAGCAAGAAAGCUCGGCCUGUGCUUCAAGCGUGAAGUAGGUUGGUCGUACAAGGCCUGGACUUGUAGCGGAAGAGUCUCAGAUGUGCUAUAUAGCUCGGAUAUAUAUGUAUACAAGUUUUUUUUAUAUUUUUCUUUGUGGUAAGUGAUGUGUUGAUUAAUGGACAUAAUAUGGUGGCAUAUUAUGCAUAAGAGGCAUACUAGGAGCCACUGAACUUUUAUCAACAGCAAAUGAGUGAUUACCAUUAUAUAUUUCAGGCAAAAAGGGUUCUAUGUCCAAUUAUACAAUUUAGGCUUUUAUAUAUUAGUAUGAAUAAAUACAUGGUGUGCUAAUAUGUGUAAUUAUAAACAUAGUUCCAUCGCUAUGGAACAUUGGUGCAGCAUUAUAAAUGCAUAUAUCAGGAUUAUAUCAUAUACAGUAUAUAUAUCUAUAUCAGCAGAUAUAGAUUUUAUUUUUUUUGUGGAUUUAAGGAAGAAAUUAUGGAAGUUCAAGAAUUUAUCCUAAUGUUGCUAUAUAAUAAACAAUAAAUUAAAUUUUAUAUCUACUUGCAUUACUUGUACAUGUACCUUACCAUUUUCUAAGAAAGGGUAAAAGAACCAACUUUUUUUCCCACAAUGUAUUUCUUAAUACCUUUGUUAAAGUAUUAAGUAGGUUAAAUAAAACAUUUUCCAGAGUAAUGUAUUAUUAGAUUUAUCAUUUACAUUCAGGAAAAUGUUUUUGAAUAAAAUACAAAUAAAUUGGUAAUUUAAAACUUCAUAAAUUGUGCAUUUCUUCCAUCACUUCAAAUUAAGAAAUGUAAAUAAGCCACAGUGUUGCACAUUUAGUGUCUUCUUAAGGCUUAGCAUCAUCCAGUACACAAUCUUGUGAGCCUCUUCAAUGGUUGAAGUUAUAUAUAUAUAUAUAUUUUUUUUUUAUAUAGGCCUCUGUAAUUUUUUUAUAUAAGCACUAUCAGGAACAAUACAUCAAACGAUAUAUGACCAAGAUAUGGAGAAGAAAGGUUAUAAACAUUGAAAGCACACACACUGAAUAUCCAAUUUUUUUAGACGCAUAAAUGACCUGGUGGGCCUUGGCACUGGCUCAUACAAAAUUAAAUAUUCUGCUGGUGGUGAAUGUUGGUGGUGGUACUUCCAGGAUGUGCACUUGGUGGAAUUUGUACUGUACUUCCACCAAUGGAUGAAAAUUGUUACAAAUGGCUCUGGGGAGGGAUGGAAUUACUGUGAAGUAAUCAAACACUUUGAAUAUCGAUAGAACUGAAUGUUUUAAUUGGAAUAAACCAUACACCCUAA